CCAACCUUUGAAAUGGAGAAAUAACAAGUAAAUAACGUGUCUUCUCUAUGGCCUUAACUGCUGGAAGUAAUGCUUAUUCUCUUUCAAGAUUUUAUGUGCAAGCAGCUGAUACCAAAGAAAUUAAAGUGACAACAAAAAAAGAGACAUGGCAUGGAAGGAGAGAGCUUAUAUUUUCAACAGUUAUUGCAGCUGUCCAAGUCAAUGAUUCUAAAACUGAGCUUCUUCAGAGAUAUCUCAAGAAGUCAGAAGAGAACAAGGCCAAGAAUGAUAAGGAGAGAUUGGACAGUUACUAUAAGCGCAACUACGGAGACUAUUUUGGCUUUCUAGAAGGUGACCUAAAGCAAAAGAAAGAGCAACUCACUGAAGCAGAGCAAGGCAUUCUUAAGUGGCUUGAAACCAACAAAUGAAUAUCUCUCAAACUGGUUGUGAAGGCAUAUAUAUAUACAAGCCAAUUCAUAGAAAGUUUUUGAUGUAGUGAUUGUAUAAACUGGAUAUUAUAUAUUAAUUACUAGCAUCAAAUUCUUCCUCUCAUAA